AUGAGUCAGUUCACGGGGGAGCAGCGCGCGUUCGCGGUUCAAGCGUUUUACGAAAAUGGUCAUUCUUACAUUAUUGUGCGGCGUAUGUUCAGAGUUAAAUUCAAUUUACGGAGUAUCCGGCAGUGUCCUAGUACUCAGUUGCUAAAACAGUGGCUGAAGAGGUUCCAAGAAACUGGUUCGACGCUACCAAUGAGACGUCAAGGUCGCUCCCGUACUUUACGCACGGAGCAAGCGAUUCAGGAGGUUAAUCGAUCUGUCCAAAAAUGCGGAACUCACUACGCGAAGACGUUCGGCGAUUUUGAGGAUUUCGCGAAGCAGCUUAAGACGAAUUUUGAGACAAGAUUUGAAGCUUCAUCCUUAUAA